AUGGGCAAAGCGUUGUCUGAGCUCAGACUACGACAAGGCGACGGCGGCGACUCGACAGAAGUUACCGGAGACCUAGCCACACUGCCAGAUGAUCAACUCACGCCUGUCGGCAAGCAGGUCAAGAGUAUGAUGGUCGGUGACGGCGAGCCCGAGAGUUCAGAGAAGUGGACCAGCUAUCCCAAGAAGGACACGCCGCAAUGUGCCGCCGACACAUGCUGUAUCUGGCAGUACGUCGCCAACGACAUGCAGAAGGUAUUCCGUGGCAAGUCCGGCCGUUGCACGGCUUUGGCCCGCGGCGCCGUCCGCCUUGGCUUCCACGAUGCCGCUGGCUGGUCCAAGGCCACUGCGCCGGGAGGUGGUGCAGACGGCUCGAUCAUCCUGGCGCCGGCGGAGAUGCAGAGAAAGGAGAACAAGGGUCUCGAGGAAAUCGUGGCGCAGAUGCAGACUUGGUACAGUCAAUAUCACCCGUAUGGCGUCUCGAUGGCGGACCUGAUUCAGAUGGGCGCAACCGUCGCGACAGUCGUCUGUCCCCUUGGUCCCCGGAUUCGAUCGUAUGUGGGCCGGCCAGACAGCACCGCCGCGUGCCCCGACGGGCUUCUCCCGCCAGUCACCGGCAGCGCGGACUUCUUGAUAGAGAUGUUUGAGAACAAGACCAUCCGGCCGCAUGGAUUGACGGCACUGAUUGGAGCGCACACCACAAGCCAGCAGCGCUUCGUGGACCCCGCUCGCGCAGGCGAUCCGCAAGACAGCACGCCGGGCGUGUGGGAUGUGCUCUUUUACAAGCAAACCCUUGGCAAUCCACCGAAGCGCGUGCUCAAGUUCCAGAGCGAUGUCGUCCUCUCUCAAGAUCCGCGCAUCAGCGAGGAGUUUCAGGAGUUUGCUGGGCAGGGCGGGCAGAAGCACUGGAACGAGGACUAUGCACGGGAAUAUAUUCGUAUGAGCCUCUUGGGUGUCUACAACAUCAAUAACCUCACGGAGUGCACCAAGGUCCUUCCUGCCUCGACAGCUACAUACAGUGCACCUGACCAAGCUCUUCUCGACAUUUGGCUAAAGUCCACUAAGAAUAUCAAAGAGAUUGCCAAAGCACUGCGGAACGGCGACUUGCUCACGGCACUGGCGAGCUUGCUUGUGGGUUUGUUGUAA